AUGGUGCCUGCGACCACAUUAAUUGCUGUCGAAUUUCAUGUCAGCCGAACGGGAUCCAUUCUUACCCUGGCACUCUAUACCCUUGGGAUCGCCCUUGGACCUAUUUUCAUUGCCCCAUUGUCCGAGAUCCUAGGCAGGAAAUGGUUGUAUGUGAUUACCGCUUCGUGCCUCCUUGCCUUCACUGGAGCUGCCGCAGGAGCACAGAACUUCGGUACCCUCCUAGUUUGUCGGUUUCUGGCAGGCUUUCUUGGCUCGGCAGGGGUUGCCAUUGGGGCCGGUACAAUUAAUGACUUGUGGGCAUUAGGCAGAACAGGAGGUAUUGUCUCUCUCCUAUUUAUAUUGGGUCCCUUCCUAGGUCCGAGUCUCGGACCGCUCGCCGGCGCCUAUAUCCUACACAAUCACCAAGAUGACUGGCGGUGGACACAAUACCUUCUUCUCAUCUUGGGAGCACCGAUCGUGCUAGGGACGCUGUUGAUGCAAGAAACCGCGAAGAACAGAAUCUUGCGAAACGCGUCCAAAGUCAAGGGAGGCAGUGAAAGUGGGAACCAGCGAACCCCUUUUAGCCAGAUUAUGCGCUUCUCCGUUGUUAGGCCUAUUAAGAUGCUGUGCAACGAGGCGAUUGUUCUGUCGCUGACCAUAUAUACGGCCUUUGCCUAUGCGGUGACCUUCAGCUAUUUCGGCAGUGCGAUGUAUGUGUUGCAGCUGGAGUAUGGAUUUGAUCUCCGACAUGCCGGGCUGGGCUUCAUCAGCGUUGUUAUUGGAUAUGUGAUGGCAAUCAUCACUUUCCUUGUGUUUGACAGCACCCUUUAUGCGAUGGCCCUCCAGGCUGCAGGCGGAGAAGCAGCACCAGAACAUCGCUUGUAUGCUGGGAUGAUGGGAAGUGUUCUUCUCCCUGUUGGACUAUUCUGGUGA